UAUUUAUCUUGUAUUCUUCCCCAAGUUCAGAGUUUGUAAUUGUUCUUUGUUUCAUUGUUUGAUGAUUUCCUCUUCUGUCGUCACUCGUCUUUCGUCAGUCGUCCACUCGUCCUUUUAUAGAUUGAAGUCAUGUAGUCUAUCCUCCAUUUUUUUUUAUAGUACUUCCGAGUUUAUACUUAUAAGUUAUAUGUGCUUCUGAAUAAUUCUUGAUAUACCAGCACGUGCACGUUACCUCUACGGCUCUACCAUUCAAGUAUCUGUUGACUGUGUUUAACAGCUGCAAGCCUACAGUAGGAGCUACCAGUGCAGUGAAGUGCCUAUUAACUGUUCGGUACUUCGUUGAAUUAAUUUCUAUUGAUUUGGAUUUGAGUACAAAAACCUGUGUACUGCAUGGAAUAAAUAUUCUAUAUAGUAAUUAAUUAAAUAGUUUGAUAUACACUCUGGUCUUCUAAACUUUACAACAUGUCUGACAAUAAGCCAGUGCAGAUUGAAUUCUAUGCCGAAAAACGUUUUUCAUUAUCAUAUGGUGCAUUAAACACCAUGCGAAGGAAUAAUCAAUUUUGCGAUGUACACUUAGUAGUUGGAGGAAAAGAAAUAUCAGCUCACAAAACUAUAUUGGCUUCUCAUAGUAGUUAUUUUAAUAACAUGCCUAGUGAAAAUUAUAUAACAAUUGAAAAUAAAGAUAUUACUCCUAAUUCAAUGGAGCUAUUAAUUGAUUUUCUUUAUACAUCACAACUAACAAUUAAUGAUUUUAAUGUACAGGAAUUAUUGAUGGCAUCAAUUGUUUUAAUACUCGAUGAUGUGAAAGCGGAAUGUUUAAAAUAUAUUGAAAAUACAAUUGAUAUUGAAAACUUUAUAACAGUAAAAAGUAUUGCCGAUACAAAUAAAAUUGAAGAACUUAAUGAAUUAUUUUUGUCAUUUAUACUAAAAAACUAUGAGAAUGUUGUUAAAUCAAAAGCAUUUUUAUCAUUUUCGUUUGAAUUGAUAAUGAAACUUAUUCAGAGUGAUGACCUGUAUGGAGAAGAAGAAGAGGUUUAUGAAUCUACUAUGUUGUGGUUGAAACACGACCUAAAAGAACGUUUGAAAUAUUUGCCGGAGUUAUUGAAGUGCAUUCGAUUAAGUCUAAUGUCCAUUGAUUAUUUGGAUAAUAUUGUUCAAGAAGAGGAUCUCAUUAAAUCUGAUAUUAAAUGUAUGAGUAAUUUAUGUCAUGCCUACAAAGUUCACCGGCAGAUAAAGCCAAUGGAUACUGAAUCAUCAUUGAAUAACAAUAUUACACGCCGAAAAUUAAAUCAGAUAUCACAGUCACUUAAUAUCCCAGAAAAUGAAAAUUUUAAAGAUUACAUAAACAAAAAUUUUUUGAGUAUAAAAGAUCUGCCAGAAUUUAUGUCAUUACCAUUUGAACAGUUCAUGGAAGUAAUAAAAAGUGAUGAUUUAUAUGCUGAAGAAAUAGAAGUUUAUAGAGCUACUAUUUCAUGGGUGAAAUAUGAUGAAAAAAAUCGUUCAGAAUUGUUGCCAAAAUUAUUCCUUUCAGUUCGUCUACCAUUGAUACAACUAAAAGACUUGAUCAGUAUUGUUGAAAAUGAAAAACUAAUUUCUUCAAAUUCAAAAUGUAUGGAUAUGUUGCACAAUACAUAUAAAAUCCUUGCAAUGAAUAAAAAGGAAUUAAUGAAUACAAUAAAAUCUAGUGAAUCUACUAUUUACAAUUUCAGAAAUCACCAUUCAAAACAAGUCUUAAUACUAUAUGAGCAAAAUGGUAAACCAAAAAUAGAGUGGUUUGACUCAAUAAACAAAACUUUUUAUGAAAUUACUUUAACUUGGUCUUAUGGUAUUAUGCCUCAUGCAUCCAAUUUAAUAUUAAGAGAUGGCAGAAUAUUUUGUAUAAAAUAUAACACGGAAUCAAGAGAGCCAGGUUAUAUACCAUUGAAGAGAACUUAUAUUUAUUAUCCAACUAAUUCUGUUAUACUAUACAAUGGAGAUCUUAAGACAUGGAAGUCUAUUAGUAAAUCUUAUUUUGUUCAUUCUCGUCCAAGUAUUGUACAGUUUUAUAAUCACAUCUAUGUAAUGUCAUCUACUGGUGUUGAAUAUUAUGAUAUUUUAAAAGAAACAUGGCAUGAAGUUAAGUUCAAAAUAAGUAUACUUGAGGAUGUAAAACUUACAGUAGUUUCCGACUUAAUUUAUGGUAUUUGCAAUUCGAAAGCGUUUUUUUAUAACCCAAAAACUGACUCAGCUCAAAUAAUCUGUUCUAUGAACGCUGAUACAACUAUAUAUUCUACAUGUUCAUUUAAUGACCAAUUGUAUGUAAUUGGUGGCAAAAUGAAUAAUUCUCAUUAUAUUAUUGUUGAAAAGUACAAUUCACAUACUAAUACUUGGAUUACAGUCUCUAGCAUCAAUAGUAACAUAAGAAACCCUGGUGUUGUUGAAAUUAAUGGACUAAUAUACCUAAUGGGUGGUGACAAUAGUAAUUCAAUUUCAUAUUGCAAUCCAAGAAGCGGAGAGUGGAAACAAAUGCUUGGAGUAUCAUUGAAUUCUUCAAAACAUACUAAAACACAAGCAUUUAUUAUUGAUGCAAAAGAAAGUAUAGAUCCAAAGAACAUUUUAGAAUAUUAUUCUAGUAACACUAUUCAAGGCCUUACAUGCAAAUAAAAUGUUUUUAUGUUUUA